AUGUCAAAAAUCAUCAAAUUUGCGAUCAACUUUGCAAGUCGUGUUUCGAUCGGAAGUGUUAACCCCGUUUUCCCGCAACAGAAGGCGGUGGAGAACAUCAAAAAGUUGAUCGCGCCAGCCGUCACGUCCGGCCUGUGCGUGACCCAGCAGAAGGAGAUCGAUGAGCUGAUGCUGAUGUUGGAUGAAACCGGAAACAAGUCGAAGCUCGGUGCCAACGCCAUCCUGGGAGUCUCGCUGGCCGUGUGCAAGGCUGGUGACGCCAAGAAGGGUAUUCCGCUGUGCAAGCACAUCGCUGAGCUGUCCGGAAACGGUGACAUCAUCCUGCCGGAGCCGGCCUUCAACGUGAUCAACGGUGGCAGCCACGCUGGUAACAAACUGGCCAUGCAGGAGUUCAUGAUCCUGCCGACCGGUGCGUCGUCCUUCACCGAGGCCAUGAAGAUCGGCACGGAGGUGUACCACCACCUGAAAAACGUCAUCAAGGCAAUGUUCGGUCUGGACGCGACCACCGUCGGUGAUGAGGUUGGCUUCGCGCCCAACAUUUUGGAGCACAAGGAAGCGCUAAACCUGAUCUAGGAUGCCAUCGCCAAGGCCGGAUACACCGGAAAGGUUGAGAUUGGCGUGGACGUCGCUGCGUCCGAGUUUCACAAGGACGGCAAGUACGAUCUGGACUUCAAGAACCCCAAGUCUGACAAGAGCGCCUGGCUGUCGUCGGACUUCCUCGAAGACAUGUACCACUGCUUCAUCAAGGACUUCCCAAUCGUCAGCCUUGAGGAUCCCUUCCACCAGGAUCACUGGAGCGCCUCGACGAAGAUCACCGCCAACAUUCGCCUACACCACGAUCCAGAUCGAAAAUGCAGAGUGUGUACGAAUAAACGCACACACACGCACAGACAUUUGUUCAUCAACGGUGGCAGCCACGCUGGUAACAAACUGGCCAUGCAGGAGUUCAUGAUCCUGCCGACCGGUGCGUCGUCCUUCACCGAGGCCAUGAAGAUCGGCACGGAGGUGUACCACCACCUGAAAAACGUCAUCAAGGCAAUGUUCGGUCUGGACGCGACCACCGUCGGUGAUGAGGUUGGCUUCGCGCCCAACAUUUUGGAGCACAAGGAAGCGCUAAACCUGAUCUAGGAUGCCAUCGCCAAGGCCGGAUACACCGGAAAGGUUGAGAUUGGCGUGGACGUCGCUGCGUCCGAGUUUCACAAGGACGGCAAGUACGAUCUGGACUUCAAGAACCCCAAGUCUGACAAGAGCGCCUGGCUGUCGUCGGACUUCCUCGAAGACAUGUACCACUGCUUCAUCAAGGACUUCCCAAUCGUCAGCCUUGAGGAUCCCUUCCACCAGGAUCACUGGAGCGCCUCGACGAAGAUCACCGCCAACAUUCGCCUACACCACGAUCCAGAUCGAAAAUGCAGAGUGUGUACGAAUAAACGCACGGCAGCGGCGUGGAAGAAGCACUGGCACGACGAUCGCCAUGAAGGCCACGAUGAGUUACGUGCCGGAUUUGUCCUCACUACGAACCGGUGCUCGAGAGUUGCUUCAAGGGUUCCAGUUGCAAGCUGCUGUACGUGGCCAAAGAUCCGGACUGGUGGACCCGCGACCAGACGCUACACAAGGAACGAGGCCAAGGUCGGUUUUGUGGUGCACAUGAUUCCGGCGGACAUCGUCAUCGUGGAGAAGUUUUACGCCCAUCUGGAUGUGACGGAGAAUUCAAAAUAUGGAGACGGAUGCCAUCUGUACAUCUGA